CCUAAAUUGUGAGGUCCGUUUAUAUAUAUUAUUUACCUAAAUUUUCCGUAUAAUGAUCUCAUCCGAAACGCACCAUUUCGCUAACGCAGGGUUUUACUGCCGUCUGCGUCCUUAAUUUAGUGGGAAAAUCCUGGACGAAACGCAGCGUUUAGGUUUCGCUCUGUAACGAUCCUUUCCCAGAAGAUGAAGAAGGGAGAAGAUGAAGAGGAGGUGAUGGACAAGGAAGAAGAUGAAAGAAGAGAAGCGGCGAUACGAUCAAUCCAAUCUUUACAGCCCAAUUGCAAGCCCAAAGGUGUCUCCAAAGAACAGCUCUCCAAGUUCCAAGAGCUGCACAGGAAGCGCUUACAAGUAAAAUCAAAAUCAAAAUCAAAGUUUCAUCAGAAAUCAAAAGGAACGGCAUAUGGGACCAGCAAAUCUCAUGGGAAAGACCUUGAUUCCAAGGAUCAUGUUGAUACAGUUUCAAGUACUACAAUUGAAUAUUCAAAUGUUCCAAACUUGAAAAGCAAUGGGAACAACAAUUCCACUUCACAUCAAGACAAUGUAGCAGCAGACUCUGCUACAAAGAAGCGCCAAAAACUCUUUUGGGGGCUUGACACCAAGGAAAGGUGGGAAAGGAAAGCCAACAUGUAGGUAUUACCAGAUCAAUGAAAAUGCAGCUUUCCUUAUUGGCGCUCUGGACACUCUUAAGGUUUUCCAAUUUUGAAGCUAGUAAUAUAGUUGAUUGAAUGUUUUGAGGGAAUGCUUGAUACCUGGUGUACAUAUUGAAGCAGUGUUGUAUGAAACAAUUGAACAUAAUACCUCCGUCUCGGCAGCAAAUUGUCAUAUGACCAUUUCGCAAAAUAUUCAAGUUCCGGCACCAUUCUGCUGUUUAGUAAGAGAUGCAUUUCAGUACAACUGAUAAAUUAAAAUUACUGUUAAUAUGUUUUGCUUAUAGAAAAUAAAAUUG